CCGGGCCGGGCCCCCAUGGCGGUGCCCACGUGGCCGGGCCCAGGCGCGGCGGGGGAGGGGUCACCUCCAGGGGCCGCGGGUGCGGAGCGUGGGGGAUCUCGGGCCGGGCCAGGACCCAAAGCCCCACACCCAAGCGCUACAGAUGGGCCGUGGCGAGGCUGCCCCUCGGCGCGAGGGCGGCUGGGGGCCAGGCCGGGGGGGCGCUGGGGCCGCGAUGGGGAUGAGCGGCCCGGCUCCCGCGACAGGGGCACCCAGCCCCGCCCCCGCUGCGGCCUCCCCGCCGGCCGCCAGGGGGCGCGCCCCCCUCCCGCGCGGCGCUCGGCACCCGCCGCUCGCUGGCCGCGGGGACACUCUGCCCGGCGCCGUCUCUAUGGCGCCCUCGCGGGGGCCGCUGCCCUUCGCUCCCUGAGCCGGAGCCCGCGGCAGGCCGGAAGCGCCGGGGACAUGGCCAAGUACCUGGCGCAGAUCAUCGUGGUGGGGGUGCAGGUGGUGGGCAGGGCCUUCGCUCGGGCGCUCAGGCAGGAAUUUGCAGCCAGCCGAGCAGCGGCUGAUGCGCGGGGACGCGGUGGGCCCCAGUCUGCUGCAGCCACCAGCAUCUCAGGGAUCAGCCUGCAGGAGGCCCAGCAGAUCCUCAACAUUUCCAAGCUCAGCCCGGAGGAAAUUCAGAAGAACUACGAUCACUUAUUCAAGGUGAAUGAUAAGUCAGUGGGGGGAUCGUUUUACCUGCAGUCUAAGGUGGUGAGAGCCAAGGAGCGGCUGGAUGAAGAACUUCGAAUCGAGGCCCAGAGACAGAGUGAAAGAGAACAGGGGCAGAAGCCAGAGACGUAACUACUCCCCAUGCCCUCUUCUCAGCCCCUCUAAAUUAUAGCCAGCCAAUAAAUCCCCUCUCUGCA